UUUCUGUAGGGGUUCCCGGCGUGGAAAGCGGCAAACUGUGGAGUGUGACUUUAGCCACUCGCCAGCCCUCUGCGACCUGCGCCUCCAGUGGACCCGGAAGAGUUUCCUGCGGAUUAGCGUGCAUUGAAACUAACUGAUGCUCUCAGCUUGGAAAAGAUAUGAGCGAUUUCAGUGAGGAAAUGUCAGAGCUUGCCGUGGCAGACCGGAAGAGAGAAACUUCUGCAUUGUCUGAGAAAGGAAUGCAGCUCCCAUGGCUUCCGAAGCAUAUAGAAGCUGUAGUGACUGGGGGGAAGAGGAAGAAGGAUUUUGCUCAGACAACCAGUGCUUGUUUGAGCUUUAUCCAAGAAGCCCUGCUGAAGCACCAGUGGCAGCAAGCUGCAGAGUACAUGCACAGUUACUUACAGACCCUGGAAGACUCAGACACCUACAAGAGACGGGCUGCCCCUGAGAUCAUUUGGAAGCUUGGAAGUGAAAUUCUGUUUUAUCACCCGAAAAGCAAUGUGGAGACUUUUAAUAGCUUUGCUGACCGGAUGAAAAAUAUUGGCGUCUUAAAUUAUUUAAAGAUCUCCUUACAACAUGCAUUGUAUCUUUUACAUCAUGGGAUGCUGGAGGAUGCAAACAGAAAUCUAAGUGAUGCGGAAACAUGGAGGUAUGGUGAAAAGUCGGCUUCUCAGGAAGUGUUAAUCAACCUUGUGCAGGCCUACAAAGGGCUCUUACAGCACUAUUCUUGGUCCAGAAAGAAGAUGGAGUUGUCAGAGCUUGAUGAGGAUGAUUAUGCUUAUACUGCAAAAACCCGAAACAUGCUCAGCCAGAGCUGUAAAACCUCUGCAAAUAUUUGUACGCUGAUUAAAACUCCUGGGGUUUGGGAUCCUUUUGUGAAGAGUUACGUGGAGAUGUUAGAGUUCUAUGGUGAUCAAGAUGGAGCCCGAGAGAUACUCACCAAUUACGCAUAUGAUGAAAAGUUCCCAUCAAACCCCAAUGCCCACGUCUACUUAUACGAAUUUCUCAAGAGACAGAAGGCACCCAGAACGAAGCUGAUAAGUGUUCUUACGAUUCUACAUAAGAUUGUGCCAUCCCAUACACUAAUGUUAGAAUUCCAUACAUUGCUUAGAAAAUCAGACAUAGAAGAACACCGGAAACUGGGCUUGGCUGUGCUAUUUGAAGUCCUGGAUUUUUCUGGAUGCACUAAGAACAUAACUGCCUGGAAAUACUUGGCAAAGUAUCUGAAGCAGACAUUAAUGGAAGGCCAUCCUGUGUGGGUUGAAAAAGAGUGGCAAUCUAGGAGAAACUGGUGGCCAGCCUUUCACUUCAGCUUCUUUUGGGCAAAGAGUGAUUGGAAGGCAGAUGCUGAUUUGGCUUGUGAGAAAGCGUUUGUAGCUGGAAUCCUUUUAGGGAAAGGUUGUAGAUAUUUUCGGUAUAUUUUAAAACAAGAUCAUGAAACCUUGAAGAAGAAAAUAAAGCGGAUGAAGAAGUCUGUGAAAAAAUACAGUAUUGUAAAUCCAGGUGUUUGCACCUAACUUUAAGUUAUUUAGUGGCUCCGUGGUUAUUGAAAGUGUUUUUUUGUUUGCUAUUAUAAGAAGGUCGUUUAAAUUAUUAUAAUUGUGUAUGCACAUAUGUGCAUGUGGAGGCUAAGGCAGCUGUGUCAUUCCUCAGCAGCUUUGCUCUGAGACAGGUCUCUCAGAGGCCUGGAGUGUACCUAUUAGGCUGGCUGGCAGCAUCCCCCAGGGAGUCUUCUUAGCUCUGGGAUUAUAAUUGUGGGCUACUAUGCCCAGAUUUUUUUUUUAAUCUAUUUAUUCAUUCAUGGUUUAUAUGUGUGUGUGUGCAUGUCUGCACAUGUGCACAUGGACUUUGUGCAAGCAGAGGACAGCUUGUAGGAGUUGGCUCUCACCUUCUGCCAUGUGAGUCUCAGGGACUGAACUCUGCUCAUCAGAGUGGCAAGUGACCUGUCCACUGGAUCUCCUCGUUAUUCUUCAUGUGGGUGCUGCGGUUCAAACUGGCUUAGUGAGCUAUUUCCCCAGCUGUUUAUUUUGUAUUUUUCUAUAUUUCAUUUUCUUGUCAGUUAUAGCUGGGAAAUAAUCUCUCACUGUCUUUGCUGUUUGUAAAUGUAUCUAUCUAUAUAUUUUUAUAACAUUACACAGAUGUUUUAAAGGAUGAUUUUUACACUUGAUUUUAGCCAGGAGGCUGAGGACUGACUAAAUGAGAGGUUUUUUUGUUUGUUUGUUUUUUGGUUUUUUUUAACAGACAAAAGUGUUUGUUCAAUGGGGAACAUGGCUGUAGCAUAGUUACUUGUGCUGGUUACCUGCCCGUGGCUGUUGUGUAUUAACUUCAGCUGCUGCAGUGAGUGCACAUAUCGUCAGAUUCUAACUGACCCGGGAUGAAGGAAAGCACCUGUGAAGAGCUCUGUUGAGGAGCUGUAGGAAGAGCACGCCUCCCUUCUCUGUUGUUUAAAGCAGAGCAGGUGUAACCAAGGGACUCCAGAGAGAGACCACACCGACUCUGGAGGACUGACGUGAAGCGGCGUGGUGAUCGAGGAUAUGCCGUGUCACCAGGUGUUCCCUCUGUUUCGCUCUUGGAAAUGAGAGGACAACAGUGGAAUCUUCUAGUGAAAUAAUGUCCCACAGGUACAAAGUAAGCCCAGUGGGGCAGGCGGGCCAGAAGCCAGUGACACGUUCUGGGAAUGUAAGCUGGCCCUGUAAUGUGCUGCUGAGUGCUUCUUCAGAAUGACCUUGGCUCUUGUGCAGUUAUUGUUGAAGUGACUAGUACUUGGAUUCCAGGAAGGCUCACUAGUGUUCAGGUGACAAACCACACAUUUCUCUAUUGGCUUGCAGCCCUACCAGUUUUAAAUAAUGUACAAUAAAGUUGGACAAGUUAU